AUGAGCUUCCGGUCCAUCACUGUGGUUGUGGCCCUUUGUGGGUUGGUGGGAACUGGAAUAGUAAUCUGGUUUGUCCAUCUGUCCGCCAAGAAAACUGCCUUCUUCAUCUACAGCCUCAAUCUGGCCGUCGAGGAUUUCAUGAACCUUUGUUUCCAGACUGUAUCCUCUGUCCGCCAAAUCCUGAAGCUUUUCCUUCACUAUCCCUUUCACCUGCAUGACGCCUUUAGGGUCCUGAGGUUCUUCCUCUACUUCACUGGCCUGGGCAUCAUGGCCACCAUCAGCUCCCGGCGCUGUCUGUCCUCCUUCUUCCCUAUUUGGUAUCGAUGUCGUUGCCCCAAGCACCUGUCAGGCAACGUGAGCGCCUGCUCUGGAUUCCGAUCGUUUCGUCCAGGCGAGCUCCCAGCAACACUGGCCCAUAGGCUCUGCCUGGUCCUUCUGUUCUCGGUCCUGGGCUUCUUUCUCUUUGGCCUGCCCCUGUGCAUCAUCAGGUUCCUCGUGGCUGACAUGAAAAAUCACACUCUCAGCGACGUCUGCAUCCUCCUGUCCUGCAUCAACAGCACGCCUAACCCUGCUAUUUACUUUUUCAUUGGGGGCCUUCAGAGACAGUGGCUGAGGGAGCCCCUCAAGGUGGUCCUCCAAAGAACACUGGGUGAGGAAACAGAGGUUGGUGAGGAUGGGAAGGUGCCCCUGACCGGCAAGGUGGAGAGGGUGGACCUCUGA